AAUUCACUCUCCACAACAAACACUACCAAACGAUCCAAACCCUACCCACUGCCCAAUUUUUUAAUCCCUAAAUCUUCUCCAAAACUAUGCAUCUUCUCUUAAUGGGCUUAAUAUUGUUAUGUAUUUCGUGAUUUAAGAGGAAUUGUAUGAUCGCCGGAAAUGGCGUCCGCAUGUGUAAACAAUAUCGGAAUGUCGCCGGAGAAGACUUUCCUGGACUGUUCUCCGGCUAAGUAUCCGUCGUAUGGAUGGUCGAACCCGAGAAUCUCGUUCAGUCGUCAGAUUCCCGAUAAAGAAGCGUCAAAAGUCACCGGAGCUACACAUUCAGCCGCAUCGGAGAAUGUAGCCCUGGAGAAGCCGGAAGAAUCCGACCCAAAUGUCUCGGGAAAUGACUUCGUGGAUUUUGAGUUCCGACUAGAGGAUCCGGUCAUCAUGCUUCCAGCCGACGAGCUCUUCUCUGACGGAAAGCUUGUACCUUUACAUGUCUCUACGAUCCGACAUUCAAUGACGGCUGUACCAAUUUCGUCUGAGGUUAAAUUGCCCGACUCACCUAAACUUCGCCGGACAAAUGAGAAUUCCGUCACGGAUCCGUACUUACUUUCACCAAAAGCUCCUAGGUGUUCGAGCCGCUGGAAGGAGCUCUUAGGGUUGAAAAGAAUCUCUCAAAACAGCUGCGCAAAAAACGAGGAAAGCAAAACGACGCCGUCACUGUCAUGCAAACAUAACAAAAACGGUGCCAGAAGCUUGAAACACUUCCUUCAGCGAAGCUCAAAGUCAUCAUUGAACGCAUCCAUAGAUUCAUCUUUAAGCCUCCCACUGCUAAAGGAUUCGGACUACGAAUCUGUCUCGAUUUCUUCUCGGCUCUCCCUUUCUUCUUCCUCUUCAUCAGGCCACGAACAUGAUGAUCUUCCAAGGCUUUCCCUCGAUUACGAUAAACCAGGUAUGAGUCAUCGUAAGUCCCGUAUUCAUUCCAGAGUCCGUGUUUUGAACGCUCCGGCGAGUAGAGUGGGACGGAGCACAAUGCGGAGUGCCCCUGAAGCAACUGUACCAGUCCGUGGAGUCUCCGUCGACAGUCCUCGGAUGAAUUCCUCUGGAAAAAUCGUUUUCCAAAGCUUGGAGAGAAGUUCAAGCAGUCCAAGUAGUUUCAACGGUGGGCCCAGAUAUAAAUACAGAGGAAUGGAGAGGUCAUAUUCAGCUAAUGUCCGCGUCACUCCGGUUCUCAAUGUACCAAUUUGUUCACUUCGAGGGUCUUCGAAAUCUGGAGUUUUUGGUUUUCCAUUAUUUUCUUCACAACAGAGAAAAGAAGGUGGUUGUAGCAGCAACAAUGGAGGUGGAAACAAGGGACACGGUCACAUCAAGAGCCGCACAGAUCGAACUUGAGAGAGUAAAUUUUGGCAAUAGUUAAACCUCUUUUUUUGUCCACUCACUUGAAUUUUAGGUUCUGUUAUGCUUUUUUCAAAUUCAGUCAGGCAAUAGUGCAUAACAUUUUGAAGGUGGUUGGGUUCAUUCAAUUUGGUGCUGCUUCUGUGACAAAAUUUAGUUCAAAUCUUCUACUGCAUGUACAUAAUUGAAUCAGGGUUUUCCUUUAAUUCUUGUUCAUCUUUCCUUUUGAUAAUUCUGACUCCAAUAAUAGAUUUUCCUUCCA